AAUCAAACCCAAUCCAAAUGAACCCUGUUUGCUCCUAACAACAUGGGGAAAAAAAAACGGAGAGCACUUUCUAACUCAAAACUUACUUAAAUGCUGAUUAAGAAAUCAAAGCCAUAAAUCCUACCCUGCCCACUCAUAUAUGAUAUAACUAGAUGUUACUAAUGCACAGCCUUUAUUUCUGUAUUGCUAUAUUUCCUAACGACAUGUAAUAUGAUUUUUUUGCUGGUAAAAUAUCAAAGCCAUAAGCCAAAACAUCCGAUCUAAUCUAUCCUUGACGAUGAGCCUCAACGUUCAAUGCUCACCACAUGUUCGAUGAAAUGCUUAAUAGAGAAGGCAGUUAAGUGUGUGUAAUUUCAUUUGUCUUUCUUUUGCAACUCAUCGAGUUCGUAUUUCACUUGAUUUAAGUUGCUGUAUGUCCUUUUAAUAAUGAUCCAGUUAAUCAUAAUCAUGCAGCUGAUAUGAUAGGCUUGACAUCUUGCGGUACUAGGCCUUCUCUAGCUUGCAGAUGCACGCUAUUCACUUUCUUAUGUAGGCAUUUUACAUGUUUAUUGUGACUUUAGAGAAGAUCCAGUUUGCAAAAAGGACACAUGAGAAUGAGAAGUCAGAUUUUUAGACUGGUUUUGAAACACCCAUUUACGGCAGCUAUAACUAUAAGAUCCAAAACAACCUCUGCUCAGUAUGUAGCGUCCAGAUAUAGAGAUGCUACGUUUGAGAAACUUAUGGAAAGGUAUAAAAACCUUCUCAAAGUCAUUUCUAUCCAAGACCUCAUUCUCGCAAACCCCACCAAGUCCAACACCCCUCCAUCAGUUUCUCUUGAUUUCCUCUCCAGACUCUCCCAGACGCUUCACCUUAACCGUGGCGCCCCUUCUUUCCUCCGUAGAUAUCCUCACAUUUUCCACAUUUUCUACAAUCCCACAUUGUCUAAACCCUUUUGCAGAUUGACCGAUACUGCUCUCGAGAUUUCCCGCCGAGAAGCUCAGGUUAUAAGUGAUUCCUUGCCUGUUGUUGUUGAUCGGUUGGUUCGCCUUUUAGCAUUGUCCACUACUAAAUCGUUGCCUCUUCGUGCCGUCUUCAAGGUUUGGAGGGAGCUCGGGCUGCCUGAUGACUUUGAGGACUCGCUCAUAUCCCAAAAUCCGCGGCUGUUUAGAUUGCGAGAUGCCCAUGAGCCCAAUACGCAUGUUCUGGAGCUGGUGGAUGAAAUUCCUGACAACCAUUUCACAGCGGCAGUUGAAAGUUGGAGGGUGACUGAAUGUUGUAGGAAGGAUUGUAGUGCUGAUAGAACCGAAAUUCAAUAUAGUUUCAAACAUCAGUAUCCUCCGGGAAUGUGGUUGAGUAAGAAUUUCAGGGCUAAGGUCAAGGAAUGGCAGAGAUUACCAUACAUAGGACCCUAUCAGAAAUUGGAAGAGACAAUAAAAUCUAAAGCAGGAAUUUUGAGAUUCGAGAAAAGAUCAGUGGCGAUUGUGCAUGAGUUUUUGAGUUUGACGGUGGAGAAGAUGGUGGAGGUGGAGAAGAUAAGCCAUUUCAGAAAAUGUUUCGGGAUUGAUUUAAACAUAAGGGAUUUGUUCUUGGAUCAUCCAGGUAUAUUUUAUUUGUCUACCAAAGGAAAGAGACAUACUGUUUUUCUCAGGGAAGCAUAUGAGAGGGAUCUCUUAAUUGAUCCUAAUCCAGUAUAUGACAUCCGGAGAAAACUUCUUGAUCUUGUCAUUCUGGGUCGCCGUGGUAUGUUUAUUGACAAAUCAAAGCCUGGUGAGACUGGAAAAGAUGCAGAACCCGAGUUUCAAAAUGAGAUCGACGAAUGAAAUCAUGAAUCAUUAUGUUUAUGUUUAUGUGCCAUUUACCAUUAUGUUCAUUUUCAUGGAUAGCAAACAUGACAAUUGGUAUUUGGUAUCAUGCUAUAACUUCACUGGUUGGCUUCAGCUGGAUAAAAAGCAGCAGUUAUCUGGGAUUCUGGAUAUAAGAAAUGGAAUUUCCUUGCCUGGCAAUGGAAGAAUUUCUCCAAUACAGUCUCAGAGCAACCCAAUCGUUGCUGUUGGUGCCCCUUUGCAUGUCAUUCAAACUUCUCGAGGCUAAAUUAACUUGGUUCGCUGUGAUCGGUGUUUCUAGUAGUAGUAUGACUUCUUAGGCACUACCUAGCACCUGAACAAUAUUUUUGGCUCAGUACAUAAUCAAACCCAUGUUAGGCUUCGCUAUCGCUGACUCAAAAACUGUCAGCACCUCUUGCAACUGGUCGAUUUUGGUCUCAUGUUGUUCUGGAGUCAGGCAUCUAAUGUUGCAACCUAUAUAUCAAUAUGUGAGUGCAAGUUGUAUGGAUGGAUACAUAUAUGUUAGGUUAAUUCUCUGGCCAAACUUAUUUUAGUUUAAGUGGUUGUUGCUUUAUCUGUUUUCUUAUUAUUUAGUAACUAAAAAUUAAUUGAAAAAUUAUUGAAAAAACAGGGAGCUUUCUCUCUUUAGAAGACA